AUGACGGAGUACCUGCCCGAGGACAACCGCACGUACAAGGAGAAGGGCUACUGGGACUCGCGCUUCGACAGCGAGGAGUCGUAUGACUGGCUGGCGCGCUACGAGAACGUGGCGGAGCUUCUGGUCAAGUACGUGCGUCCGUCAGACCGCAUCCUGAUGGUCGGCUGUGGCAACUCGACGUUCAGCAUCGACAUGUACAAAGCGGGUUUCCACAACAUCACAAACAUCGAUUUCUCCAAGGUCGUCAUCGAGCGCAUGAGUGCCAAGUACAGCGAAGAGAUGCCGGAGAUGAAAUGGCUGGAGGCGGACAUGACAAAGCUGCGCGAGGUCUUCAUGCCUAAUAGUUUCGACGUCGUGAUCGACAAGGCCGCCAUGGACGCGCUCAUGUGCGAUGAAGGGGACGUCUGGUCGCCAUCGGAGGCGGUAAUCGAACAGGCCUCCGCCAUGUGCAGUGGCAUUACGUCCGUACUGGUGCCCCAAGGAACCUUCGUGCAGAUCUCGUUCGCGCAGCCUCACUUCCGCAAGCGAUUCCUACUGGGCGAAGGCGAGCAGGCCCCUUCUAGCACAGUCUACGGCUGGGACUACUCCUACCAUAACAUCGAGAUUGGUCUGGGCUACUUUUUCUAUGUGAUGCAGAAGACCAGCAAAAAGUAG